AUGAAUGGCAUUAAAGCGAAGAUUCUGAUGGAUCCGGAAGUAGUACCAGUAUAUCAACCAAUUCCGGUCCCUUUGGAAGAAGCACUUGACAGGAAGUUGGACGAAAUGUUAAAGCGGGAUAUAAUCGAGGCAAAAACGGGACCAACAUCCUGGGUAUCACCAUUGGUCGUAGUAGGGAAGUUAAAUGGAGAGCUCAGACUCUGCCUUGAUUUGCGAAGAGUUAAUGAAGCAGUAUUAAGAGAACACCAUCCAAUGCCGUCAGUUGUAGAGUACUUGGCAAAGCUGGGACGUGGACAAUUGUGGAGCAAGCUCGACAUCAAGGAAGCAUUCCAUCAAAUAGAGCUUGAUGUGGAUUCUAGAGAUGCGACAACUUUUAUCACUCAACGUGGUUUGUACCGUUUCAAACGUUUGCCGUUUGGUUUAGUAACCGCUCCGGAGCUGUUUCAAAAAGCGAUGGACGAAACACUAUCCGGAUGCGAGGGGACGGUCUGGUACCUCGACGACGUGCUAGUGGAAGGCAAAAAUGUACAAGAACAUGAUAAGCGACUGGAACAGGUAAUGAUGUAA